AUGCUCCAGAACAACCUCCUCCGAAAUGUGGCCCAGGAUCAAAUAUGCCUAGCAGUAGGCAUCAAAGUGGUCAACAGCAAUGAGAUCGUGCAGCUCGCUCGGGCUGCUGGAUACGAUUCUGUCUUUAUUGACCUGGAGCAUUCUAUAUUGUCACAGAAAAAUGCCAGUCGGCUUUGUUCUUCAUCCCUCUUGUCUGGGAUCACGCCCUUUGUGCGCGUACCUCACCAGUGCGGUAAUGGAUAUGUCCAGAGGGUUCUCGAUGGCGGCGCAAUGGGCAUUGUAUUUCCUCAUAUUAACACCGUUGAAGAGGCCAAAAGUGCAGUUUCGGCGACAAAGUUUCCUCCCAAGGGGAAACGCUCUCUUACAGCCGCACUGCCGCAGUUUGAUUUCCAGAGAAUCGCGGCAAAGGAUCUGAUGCAGCAGCUGAACAGUGCUGGAUCUACUGUCUUUAUCAUGGUAGAGACCGUUGAAUGUCUAGAGAACAUCGAUGCCAUCGCCGCCGUUGACGGGGUGGAUGUGUUGCUGCUCGGCGCCAACGACUUGUCACUAGAAUUGGGGAUUUUGGGCGAGUGGGAGCAUGCGAAGCUCCAGAAUGCCCUUGAGACUAUUGCUGCUGCUGCACAGAGGGCAGUCAGGAAUCUGGGCGCGAGGUACAUUUUGGGACAUCUAGAUAUUGGCUUGUUGGCCAUGGCGAUGAACAAGAAUGUGGAGCAGCUACGAGAGAUGAAUACAAAACAUUGA